AGGACGGCGAAAUGGAGAACAACCACGUUGAACUUUCACCCCGCACAAGAACCUGGUCUAAUUCCUGGGUGCAUCAAUAUUUCACCUUGCUGGUUUCAACAGGGGCAUGAGAAUCCGUUGGACGGGUUUAUUCUGGAAGUCUCUGCCACCUUGAAGAGCGAUAGAAGCCUGUCAUUAAUUAUAGAUAUGCAGCAUCCAGCUCUCUUGUCUUCAGCAGCCCUUCGGGUAAUGCACCCACAACUUUACCGGGCAUCAAUGUCCACUCACGUAGAACUCGGGCAUUGGGUGGCAGCGCAUGGUGAAGAUCAGAUGUACCGAUGUCUCCAGCAUUGGGCGUCAGCAUAUUCCAGUGCUGCAAUCGUUUGCAACAGGCAAUCACCUGGUCAUCGUGAUCCCAAAUGCCCUCCGGAGGGAUUUGACAUCCUUACUUGCAUAGGAAGCUAUAAACAUGCGGUGAUGAAUUUGACAAACUUGGGAAUCGAUUUGGUGUAUAAUCCGGGAGUCAUGGUAAGUUAUUCUGGCUGGCUUGUGAGGCACGGCAUCCGGGUGGGGGAGGGUGACAGAAUUGUGUGGGCUUGGUUUAUGCGGGACAGCGUGCACAAUUAUGCCGGAACCCCC